GUCUUGAUUCUUAAGCUCUGAGCUCACAGUCUUCACAGACGGUUUCAACUCUCAGACUGACUUCAGGACAGAAGAUGAGUGUUUGUGGGGAGGAAGAGGAGGACAGAGCAGAACCUCCAGGGUCCAGUUGUCUGUCUGUGAGCAGUGACCAGACCAAAGAAGAUAUUCUGAACUUCAGUGAUGAACCUGGACCCUCAGACACAAAAGUUCAGUCCUGCAGACAGAGAGCAGAGUCUCCAGGAUCCACCUGUGAGUCUUUGAGGAGUCACCAGUCCAGACAAGAUCCUCUGAACUUCAGUAAUGAACCUGGACCCUCAGAUACCAAAGAGCAGAGGAGUCAUGCUUCUGUGGAGGAGCAGCCGUCCUGCUGUGUUUGGUGUCAGGACGUCCUGAAGGAUCCGGUCUCUACCAGCUGUGGACACUGGUUCUGCAGACGCUGCAUCACCUCAUACUGGGACCAGUCUGCUUCACCAGGAGACUCCUCCUGUCCCCAGUGUGGAGAAAGAUGUAGAACAACAUCUGGACUGCCAACAGACAGUCAGAGUUCUUCUCUUCCAGCCAAUAGAGGUCUGCAAGAGGUUUUAGAUGCACAUAAGAUCAGUCUGCGGAGGAGAUGUGAACGUGUGACUGAAGGAAGUGAAACAGGAAGUGGAACACUCCUCAAUAGCAUCUACACUGGGCUCUACAUCACAGAGGGACAGAGUGAAGAGGUUAAUACCCAACAUGAGGUUUGGCAACUUGAGACGGUAUCCAAGAUGACAACCCUCCAUGAAACCUCAAUUGAGUGCUGCGACAUCUUUAAAGCCUCACCUGACCAACAGAGACGCAUCAGAGUGGUUCUGACCAAUGGCGUCCCUGGCAUUGGAAAAACCUUUUCCGUGCUGAAGUUCACUCUGGACUGGGCAGAGGGCUCCGAAAACCAAGAUGUCAGUCUGCUGGUUCUGCUGUCGUUCAGGGAGCUGAACCUGAUCAGAGAUGAGCAGUACAGUCUUCUCAGGCUGCUCCAUGUUUUCCAUCCAACAUUACAGAAGGUGACAGCAGAGAAGCUCGCUGUCUGUAAACUUCUCUUCAUCUUUGACGGCCUGGAUGAAAGCAGACUUUCACUGGAUUUCAACAACCAUGAGGUCGUGUCUGAUGUCACACAGGAGUCAUCAGUCAGCGUGCUGCUGACAAACCUCAUCCAGGGGAAACUGCUUCCCUCGGCUCUCGUCUGGAUCACUUCCAGACCUGCAGCAGCCAAUCAGAUCCCUCCUUCAUGUGUCGACAGGGUAACAGAAGUACGAGGCUUCACUGAUGUCCAGAAGGAGGAGUACUUCAGGAGGAGGUUCAGUGAUGAAGAUCUGUCCAGCAGAAUCAUCUCACACAUCAAGACCUCCAGGAGCCUCCACAUCAUGUGUCUGAUCCCAGUCUUCUGCUGGAUCACUGCUACAGUUCUGGACCACAUGUUGACUACAGACCAGAGAGGAGAGCUGCCCAAGACCCUGACUGACAUGUACUCACACUUCCUGCUGGUUCAGACAAAGAGGAAGAAGCAGAAGUUCGAUGAGGGACAUGAGAUGAGUUCACAGGAGCUGACGGAGGCUGACAGGGAAAUUCUUCUGAACUUGGGGAGGCUGGCGUUUGAACAUCUGGAGACAGGAAACAUCAUGUUCUACCAAGAAGACCUGGAGCGCUGUGGUCUUAAUGUCACAGAAGCCUCGCUGUACUCAGGAGUUUGUACCGAGAUCUUCAGAAGAGAGAGUGUGAUCUUCCAGAAAAAAGUCUACUGCUUUGUACAUCUGAGCGUUCAGGAGUUUCUGGCUGCAGUCUACAUGUUCCACUGUUACACCAACAGGAACACAGAGGUGGUGGAGGACUUCCUGGAGAAAAGCUUGAAACAACCAGACUCAAACUCAGAGUCUUUACUCAAGAGGAUUGUAAAGCUUUUUAGGAAUGAUGACAGCUGUUGUCCAUCACUGGAUGUCUUUCUCAGGGAAGUAAUGGAAAAAUCUCUUAAAAGUAAAAAUGGCCACCUGGACCUGUUUGUUCGCUUCCUUCAUGGCCUCUCUCUGGAGUCCAACCAGAGACUCUUAAGAGGCCUGCUGGGUCAGCCAAAGAUCGGUUCAAGCAGCAUCCAGAAAGCCAUCGACAACCUGAAGGAGAUGAACAGUGAUGAGAUCUCUCCUGACAGAAGCAUCAACAUCUUCCACUGUCUGACAGAGAUGAACGACCACUCAGUCCAUCAGGAGAUCCAAAAGUUCCUUGAGUCAGAAAACAGAUUAAAGAAGAAACUCUCUGUGAUUCACUGCUCAGCUCUGGCCUACAUGCUGCAGAUGUCAGAGGAGGUUCUGGCUGAGUUCGACCUAAAAAAAUACAACACAACAGAUCAAGGUCGACUGAGACUGAUUCCAGCUGUGAGGAACUGCAGAAAUGCUGUUCUUUCUAACUGUGGACUCUCGGAGACUCACUAUGAAGUUGUGGCCUCAGCUCUGAAGUCCAACCCAUCCCACCUGAGACAGCUGGACCUGAGUGGAAACAAGCUGAAGGAUUCAGGAGUGAAGCUGCUGUGUGGGGGGCUGGCGAGUUCACGCUGUAGACUGGAGGCUCUGAGUUUGGGUUGCUGCAGUUUGCUGGUGAACAGCUGUGCUUAUUUGGCUUCAGCUCUGAAGGCCAACCCCUCCCAUCUAAGAGAGCUGCAGCUAAGUGGAAACUACCUGCAGGAUUCAGGAGUGAAGCAGCUGUGUGAAUUUCUGCAGAGUCCACACUGUAGACUGGAGAUUCUGAGAUUGGGUUACUGCAGUUUGUCAGAGAUCAGCUGUGCCUCUCUGGCCUCAGCUCUUAAGUCCAACCCCUCCCAUCUGAGAGAGCUGCUCCUGAGCUUCAACAACUUGUAUGAUCCAGGAGUGAAGCUGCUGUGUGAUUUUCUGCAGAGUCCACACUGUAGACUAGAAACUCUGAGAUUGGGUCAGUGCAGUUUGUCAGAGAUCAGCUGUGCUUCUCUGGCCUCAGCCAUUAAGUCCAACCCCUCCCAUCUGAGAGAGCUGGAGAUGAAAGGAAUUAAGACGCUGGAUUCAGGAGUGAAGCCGCUGUCUGAUCUUGUGGAGAGUCCACACUGUAGACUGGAGAGUCUGAGCUGGAAGUGAUCUUUGUUCCCUGACGAUCAACAGAGGUUGAAGCAGCACUAUCAGCGGCGACAGACCAAUCACAACAAGUGAAGAUGACUGUCAGUGCUGCAGUCUGAACUGAGAUCAGCUUCAGUCUCUGCAGACACACUCAAACAUCUCCCCCACCUGCAACCUUUAUUGUGUCUUGUGUUUUUAUUCUCUUAUCCUCUCUAUUGUCCAUUACUGGAUUAGUAAUGAAUUGCGAAACACUUUUACUUCAGUGCUUUGAUGGCAUGAUAUAGAACAUUACCUUCUUUCAUUUUAUGAUAACUAGUUGACCUUAGGAGUGGCGUCAAGUCUCACAGGAGUUAAACAAUCUACUGCUGUUGACGUUUAGGCUACAUUCAAACAAAAAGGAUCACAGAGCUGAAGGUGUAAGGAAACUACAUUCAGACAAUAACACAGGAAGAAAACUUUAUGAAGAUAAAAUUCACAGAUUGAUCCAAUUAAUACCAUUUAAAUGUCAUGGAAGUCAUUUGACGGGGAACACGUACAACAAGAUUUAAUCUUAAACAGAGAAAGGUUUUAUGUAAUUUAAAUAUAUUUAUGAUGUUUGUGUGUUUACUUUUUGUUUUGAAAUGUUUUCAUUGCUUAUAUUCACAUUUUUGUGCAUUUGCCUUAAUAUUUGUACCUUGAUGCCUUUGAAUUGAGCUGAAUUGAACAAUUAAAAGAAGAGAAGCUCUGAGCUCCUGUUAUCUGCAGUCUCAAGGAAGGUAAACACACUCAUGACCUUAAUAUUUCUAUAAUCCUGUCUAGAAACGCUGCAUGUAAAAGGCAAUUUAGAUGGUUUUAAUGUCAUACUACUUUCCUUAUGUAGUCGUUUCUCCUCCUCUGAGCCUUUCCUCGCUCUCACGUUGUGUACACAAAUCUCAGUAUAUUCGUUUUAAGACUUAAAGCUUGUCAUUAAACUUCAGGGGAUCAGGCUGGAGAGAGUUCAUGUUUCUCUGACUGUACAUCAUAUAGUGUGUGUGUGUGUGUGUGUGUGUGUGACAUAAUUGUGUCUACCUUUUGAAGUGAUAUGAGCUGGCAGGCCAAAUGCUCAGAGGAUGGACAGAAUUAGAAAAAGACAGCUGUCUAAAUAGGGAGAAGAUCUAAAAAAAAAAAAAAAAUCCAUCCCAACUUGAAAACACAAACUUUUCUGGAGGUUACAGACUCGGACAGAGUCGGUUAACUAGGGCGAAGAGAGGGAGGAGAAAAGUAGGAAGAGUUGUAAGUAAAUAGACGAUAAGGUGACAGAGUAAAAGAGAAGUAAAAAUAAAACAAAUAUGUUAAAAUGACUGAAGUCUUUUUACAUUAACCUGCACCUGUCUGAUCUCUAUGUGCCUCACUGCUCUCUUAACCUGCCAGUGUUAGCAGCAGUAACCAGUAACACAACAUCACCAAACUCCAUUAACAAAUGUGGUGAUUUUAAGAGUUGU